UCACAGGAGGAGGAAGCGGAAAAACUAAUCGCAGAAUCCUCCAACAAGAAUGUUGUCGACCAAGAAGAAUACCCCAAAUCGGUCGAUACCGAACAUUGCUGCAUCAACAUUCCAGCCAACCUCUUCCACGCUCCGACAGGAAACAAUGAAAAUAUGGCCAUAGGAACUGCCUCUGCCGAGCAAGAUACUUCAUGUCCAAACCUGAUCAUGAGCAGUGGUGUACAGAAGCGCCUUAUGUUAUCGUAUCCGGUUCAAGCAGUGGAGCUCGUCGACGAGAACACGAUCGGAAUCUGCGCCAUUCUGGGAACGACAUACACGGGACAAUACGAGGAUGUCAAGGGUAUAAACGACCUUCUUGUACAAAGAGGUCUGGAUACGCCUAUCCAUGUCGAUGCAGCUAGUGGUGGAUUCGUCGCUCCAUUCGUAAAUCCAAGUCUCGAGUGGGACUUCACAUUGUCGAAUGUGGUUUCGAUAAACGUUCCGCCACAAGUACGGACUCCCUCGAACAGUGUCCAGGUACACCCGGGCACAGGCUGGGCUCUCUGGCGCUCAUCCUCCCACCUACCCGACGACCUGAUCUUCAACAUCGACUACCCAGGCUCUGAUCAGCUGAACUUUACCUUGAACUUCUCCAAAUCGGCAUCGCACAUCAUCGCACAAUAUUACCAAACGAUCCGUCUCGGAAAGAGAGGGUACACUGCCAUCAUGACCAAUCUCACCGACACAGCUGACUACCUUAGCAGUCAACUCUCCGCUCUAGGAUUCAUCAUCAUGAGCGAAGGUGGUGGCCACGGUCUUCCGGUUGUCGCAUUCAGACUUGGUCCCGAGCAAGGCAUUUCAUUUGAUGAGUUUGCCGUAUCUGCGAAGCUACGCGAACGUGGGUGGAUUGUUCCUGCGUAUAAAAUGGCCGCUGAUGCAGGUAUGAGUAUGAUGCGCGCGGUUGUACGGGAAGAAUUCAGUCGGAGUCGGUGUGAAAGCCUUGUUUGUGACAUUCGGUGGGCUUUGAAAGCUUUGGUAGAGAGGGAGGUGCUGAAUGUCCAACGGUAUCAAGCACUCAAAGUCAGAAUCUGCUUGGCUUGA